UAGCGCCGGUCAGUUUUCAGUCAGCUGUCAAACACACUGCAGGAGGAAUUACAGUGGCGAAAAGACACACAUGAUCGUCACUUUACACACUAAAUGAUUCAUUUUUACUACAUUUCUGGAGGUUUCGCAGAUUUAAAUGCGUCUGGAACUCAGGAGGAGGCCGGUGCAGGAUGAUUCCCGUGGUUCCUGUGGAGUCCUGCACUCAUGUCCUGGCAGAGUUUGACUGUCUGGACCCCCUCCUUUCCGCCCUGCGACUGGACUCGGGACGUAUCAAAUGCACAUGCCUCUCAGUGUCCAAAAAGUGGCUCGCUCUGGGCACGUCUUCCGGAGGACUUCACCUCAUUCAGAGAGACGGCUGGAAGCAGAAACUCAUCCUCACACACAAAGAAGGCUCAAUCACGCAGGUCUCAUGCUGCCCCCAUGAUGAGGACUUCAUUGCUGUAGCAACAAGUCAGGGGCUGGUGGUGGUGUGGGAGCUGCACUUGGAGAGGCGUGGCCGUCCGGAGCGCGUGUGUGUGUCCUGGGAGCAUCGCGGACAGACGGUAACAUCUCUGUGCUGGGACACCGUGGCCCUCCGAGUGUUUGCUGGAGAUGGCGGGGGAAAAGUGUCCUACGUCCGGGCUGGGUCGUCUAAACUCGGGAAGGGCUCUGCGUUUGUGAUCUUCCCAGUUCAGACCAUCACCACUUUGGAUUCUCGUGUCGUUCAGCUGGGUUACACGGACGGACACUUGAUGGUCUCGUCUCUCAGCCGCUGCUACCUGUGUGACACAGAAAGGGAGAAGUUCUGGCGUGUGGGUAAUAAAGAGCGAGACGGAGAGUUUGGGGCGUGUUUUCUCCUGCAGGGUCAGCGGGGUCAGGGGGGUCAAGGGGGGGGUCCUCCUGCCCUGCUGUACUGCGCCCGGCCCGGCUCACGCAUAUGGGAGUCCAGCUUCAGUGGAGAAGUCCUGAGCACACACCAGUUCAAACAGCUGCUGGCCUGCCCACCGCUGCCCCUCGUCUCUUACAAGAAUGAGCCUCAUUUCAAUCCCGCACAGACGAGUCCACAAUCUCUGGCUUUCCCAAGACUCCUUCAGUUUGGUGAGCAAAAUCUGCUCACCUGGACGGAUUCUGCCAUCUACAUCUUCACCCCUCACAGUGGUCAGGUUCUGCUGUGGACAGAGGUCAAAGAUGUGGUGGAGAUUUCAGUUUUCCGUAACGAGGUGUUUUGUCUCCAUGGUGACGGACGUUUGUCUCACCUGUUGCUGGUGUCACCUGAGCGCUGUGUGGAGCGGCUGAUGAAGAGGGAGAACUGGACGCUCGCCGCCACCGUCUGCUGCAUGUUCCAGCAUACCGUUAUUACAUCCAGGGCCAGGAAGUCCCUCCCCAUUGAUCGACUUGAGCAUCUCAAGGCUCAGCUAACUUCCGCCUCCCAGCAGCAGCUGAUUGGUCAGCUGGAGGAAGUGAUCAGCAAACUGGAGCCACUGGACUCGGCCUGCAGCAGCCGCAGAAGCAGCAUUUCCUCGCACGAGAGCUUUAACGUUCUGGACUGCGGCAUCUACCGCGUCAUCAGCCGAAGAGGCAGCCAAUCAGAUGAUGACGCCAGCUCCCUCGCCAACCAAUCGAUGCUUGAGGAGGAGCGGCUGAAGGAGUUCAAUUUCACUGAGGAAGAGCAGGUGGACAAUGACUCUCAGUCUGUGCGUGGAGAGGGCGACAGGUCAGACCUCGGCUUGCAGUUUCUGCCUCUGUCUUUCCGCUCAAAACCCCCACGAGUCGCCCUGCAGGCUGUUCGAGACAGUGUCUCUAGCUUUGUGAAAAAGACGACCGAGAAGAUCAACACGCUUCAGAUGAACUCAGACCUAUGGCCUCGGCCCGACCUCAGGGAAGGCGUUCAAGGAGAGGUCACGGCCACAGCGACUCCUCUUCCAGAGGAAGGCGAGCAUGAAAUGAACGCUGAGCAGUCCAGCUCGGAGUCUGAGCUGCAGGAGUUGAGAGCCGCCACAAAGAAAGCCAUCUCUCAAAUCCAGAACCCCAUGGUUUUACUGGACCCCGUCUGUCUCAGCGAUGUGCUCCAAGACUGGGCCCCGGUUCUGGAGAGGGUUCUGGGUCCGGAGGAUCACAGCGUACCUAGAGAAAUAACUCAUCUAGAGGAGGAAGAGCUUGUUUCAUCAAUGUCCUGCUGCGUCGUGGUUCAGCCAGAGAUCUUAACAGCGCCGUCUACUAACCUGGAUGAAUCCGCAACCCUCACUGAAGAAGAGGACCUUGGAGAGACCAUCCCUUGUUCCACUGCCCCAGUCAGAGCGUCAUUCCCACCUCUUGCUAACCAUGUUGAAUUAAUCCAGCUGUUUUCCCCCAAACCUCUGCCCCCUGACCUCCAGGCUGACCUCUCACAGCUGGCCUGUCUUUAUCUGGAGAUGGGCUGCCCCGGUAGAGGAGGGGUCGGAAGUGUGUGUGUGUUCCUGAGGAGGUUCUUCUUCCUGUUGGACCAGGAGAGAGUGAGGAAGAUGUGUAUGCUGAGAUACAGAGAGCACCGAGAGGUGCUGAAGGCAUACAUCGCUGGCAUGCUGGAGUUCACUCAGGCCAGCAAGGUGGUGGAAGUGAUUCAGAAGGGCGACCUGUUAAAGUCUCUGCGCAGUCUGAGAGAACUGCAGCCCUGGAACACACCUCUGCUCCUCUCACACCUGUACAGACUCUAUGAGAAGCACGGGGAGGUGGCCGUUCGUGCCUACCCGCAGUUCUAUCCCACAAUCCUCCCCUCUGACAUCAUGGCAAUGGCUUUACCCAGCCACUUCCUGCCUUAUCUGGACAAUCUGGUCCAAUCACGAGCCGAGCAGCAGCGGUUGUCUUUCUUGGGUUCUCUUCUCCAGCCAGAAACUCUGCGACAGGAUUGGCUGGAACUGGCGUUAUCCCAUGAUGCCCCACUAAGGGAUGACACACUCACUCCUGACGGACAGCCCAGGUGGCACUCUCAUUUCUUCAGCUGGGGUUAUGGGCGUCUGCUGUCUCUGCUGAUCCGCUUGCCUGCUGAUCUGACCUCCAAACAGAAGAUGCUGGAGAUGUGUAAAACUCAAGGGUAUUGGAUGGGUUACCUGUACCUGUGCAGAGAGUUGCAGCGGCGAGCAGAGGCUUUCAGCGCCAUCUGCAGACUGGAUGACAUGACGCUUCUAGAGGAGGAUGAUGGUAUUGUUCCUCAGUCUCUUGAUGAGUGGGUUUUGCUACUCCAGCUCUCACAGCAAAUCAGUUCAGUCGAUGAAGUGCCGCCCACUUCAUCUCUGCCCAGCAGCACCAAUGGAUCCUGUUCAGACGACACUAGCAGUAAUGGCACGAGUGAUGGUUCCUCUGACCUAUCAAACAGUUCAAAUGACUGGAGCAUUCGGGUCAGCCCAGAGAACAUCAUCCUGCGUCUGGUCAAAGUCUUCGGGCCGGACCAGGCCCUGGCGGCCCUCCAGGAACGCGGGAUACAGGUGGACCUCAGUUCACGCUCCACGCUGGUCUGUGAUCUGCUGCGUAUGGCUGAGAAGCGGCAAAGAGCACUGAUUCAGACCAUGUUGGAGCGCUGUGACCGGUUUCUGUGGUCUCAGCACGCUUGAGACCCCGUGUCCGGCCGAUCUCUGCGUAUGCCUCCAGAAGCCCGUGCUGCUCUCAGUAUGGACACACUGCACUCUCUGUGGUCAUUAAACCACUGCUCUGGGAUCAGCUCUGCAUGGCUGUUUCUAGAUCAGAUCAUCUCAGGUCACUGGACCUUUUCAGUCACAGUCUAACACAGAUUCCAGUCCGUUGCUUUUUCGCACCAGCACUUAUAUGACUCUAUUGAUGGAAGUGCUGCGUUGGUGUCACAUGACUCUAAACUGUUCUUCAGUAUUUCGUCA